UUCUGUGACUGCAUGGUCUCUGCUGUGCUGUUUCUGCCCUGUAUGUCUUGAUCAUCAUGUCACUGGCACGUGUGUCACCUCAGAAGUGGGCGCAAUGUCCCCGGUUGCCUAUAUGGGAAAACAAGGUCAUAUUUCUGUUAACUUGGAGUCAAGACCACCCUUCUUAUCAUCCGUGAAAAGGGCAGAGGCACACAUGCUGCACACAGACAGGAAGCAGGCUUAACAAAGAAAUUAGCAAAUGUGCAAAGGGUUUACAAGUCAAUUGACUGACGAAAGGUUUUCCAGCUUGGCUAUAAUUCAUCAUGGCUGCUGCUAGCAUCGCUAGGCGGGUGACCACAACUAACCUCGCCUUUGAAGACUACACUGUCUAUGGCCACUUGACCGAUGAUGAGGUACUCCAGAUGGCUAUUGAACGCAGCCUGUCUGAGGACCAACAAGGCCCCUCAGGUUCCGCUAAAACAUGUUUCAUACCAGCAUCUGAGCCACCCAAAGAGGAACACAUGCCCACAUUUAAAGAACUCAGGGCGGAGUAUGCAGCCAGACGGAAUGCUGCCCUGCAAGCACAGAGAGCUGCGGACGCUGAGAACCCAGAAGUCAAUCCUUCCAGAGCAAGUCAUAAACCUGAUGAGGACAGAAUGAGGCUACUGGAAUGGAGAAGACGAAAUGGAACCCUUGAAGUAUUCGAAAAAACAGUUGAUGUACCCUCCUUAAAAUCAGCCAUCUUCAAGAAUGAUGUCGAAAGAGUCAAAGAAAUUUUAAUGACAGAAUCUGCAGAGAGUCUAAACAAACCAAAUGAAGAGGGCUGGAUACAUUUGCACGAGGCUGCAUACUAUGAUCGCGUGGAUUGUUUAAAGUUGCUGUUAAAAGCUUUUCCCGAUCUAGUAGACAAACGCAAUGACAAGAACCAAACUCCUCUCGCACUGGCUGUUGAACGGAAAACCACCGCCUGUGUCAACCUUCUCCUGGAAGCCGGAGGAGAUCCAAACAUAGCCAACAGAUUAGGAGAGACAGCAGUCUACAAAGCUUGUGAGGAGGACAAUGAGGAGAUACUCAAAGCUCUUCUAAAAGCUGGGGGCAAUGCCUCCAGGACAAACAUUGAGAGAACUUCACCUUUACAUGAGGUAGCAGGGCACAAAAACCUCAACAUGUGUAAGCUGUUGGUGGAGGCUGGAGCAAAGGUGUGGGCUUUGGAUAGCUACGGCAUUGAGCCGCUCUUUACAGCAGCUCAGUGUGGAGCUGUAGAGGUGCUGGACUACCUUAUCAAUACUGGUGGACAUAUUAACACACAGGCUAACGAUGGGGCAACAGCUUUGUAUGAAGCGUCUAAGAAUGGCCAUGUGGAAUGUGUAAGACUACUGCUGUCCGAAAGAGCAGAUGUAAACAGAACAACUAAAUCAGAGUUAACCCCUCUACAUGUUGCAACAAGGAAUGGGCAUCUUAACGUGGUAUUGCUACUGCUUGGGCGCACCACCAAAGGCACGAUAAAGCGCUGUGGUAUCAGUCCACUGCACCUCGCUGUCGACCGCAACAGAGACGAGAUCCUGGAGCUUCUCAUCAAGGAAGGCUUUGACGUCAACCAAGAGCUAUCACCCAGCUACUCAACAAUGUAUGAGGACCGUCGCACCACGGCACUGUACUUUGCUGUGUGGGGAGGCAACGUGGAGGCGGCCUCCAUGCUGCUUGAGGCCGGCGCAGACCCCAACCUGGACGUCUUCAACCCUCUCCUGGUCGCCGUGAGAAAAGGCAACGUGGAGAUGGCGUCUCUGCUGAUUGAACAUGGUGGCAACGUGAACGCUUGCAUGCCAACACAUCCAACCACCUUCCCAGCCGCUAUGAUCUUCUGUAUGAAGCACAGAAUUAUGUUUAAGAUGCUGCUGGACAAUGGGUUGGAUGCUGACGCCUGCUUCGACUGUGUCUAUGGGAACGACACGCAUCCUCCAGUCCCGAUAGACCGCUCCUCUAGGGACGAUCUGUACCUGCAUGGGCUGGCAGUUCCUCCUGGUUCAACUGCACAGUUUUGUGAGGUGAUGGCGAAUCCUAUCAACUCGCCUUGGGUGGGAAUGAUACUCGAUAGGCUCUUAGAUUACACUGGCCACGUGAAACUCUGUUCAAGACUCAAAAACCUCCUGGACAGCGUCAGCAAUGGACGCGACAUCAAGGAUAAAGCAAAACCACCGUUCUCCCUACUACAUCUGUGCCGCAUACAUAUCCGCAAGCAAGUGGGACAUCAGCGAAUGAGACAAAUGACUUCUUUGCCUCUGCCCAAACGUCUCAUCAGACUCCUGUUUUAUGACAACUCUGAGUCCGAGGAUUUUUUGUCACAAUAUGGCUCAUUAUGAGCAUUCACUUCGGUUCUUGAAUACACCACUAGGUGCUACUUGGACACAUCAUCAAUGAUGCACCCGAGGUCAUUGGGUGUUUCGGGUCUUUGAUCAUUAAACACCCUCACUCGGGCGACCCAGCCAGGGGUGAUCAGCUCCCGACUUGUGUCCAAGUGGCCUGCUACUCCAAGGAUCCCCCCUCCUGAUCCAUAGCCAUCUAGAGGCUUUCUCCGCAGCCUCUGUGAUCACAAGGUGGAGUUGCAAGGCAGUGCAGCAGCUUACUUUGGUUUGACUGUGUCAGUCAACAUACUACUUAAAAGAAGAAUUCCUGCCAACAUGCUGUUGUAUUGCUCACACUACCCUUGACUUGUCAGUACCCAAGGACUUGGCUUUUUUCAGCCCUUUCCGAGAUCCUGGAAUUCCUUUUUUUUUUAUUGUUCUUGGUCUUUUUCGCCUUAAUUGAUAUUACAGUAGGACAGUUAAAGGAAAUGAGUGGGAGAGAGUGAUGGCCAACUUGGCCAAGGAUUGGGAAGUAACCUCAAGCCGGAAUCGAACCCCGGUCCCAGACGUAAUGGUACGAUGCAAUAUUGCCCACUGAGCCACAUGCAUGGUUUGCUUAAAUUUUUGAAGUCUUAAGUUACUCCAAAAUUCAUCCAAAAAGUUCUGCAACAUAACCAAACACUUAACAACAGAGCAAUAACAUUUGUGAUGAUAUUAAGAGUAUGCUACAACACUUUUUGAAAAAUGUAAACAAAGCCAUGCACCCAUUAGAAUGGCUGGACAAAAAAAUGCCACAUGCCACAGGUGGACAAAUUAUGGGUAGUGCGAGCUUGAUUUCACAAAGCCACUUUAAUACUGUAAUAAUUUGUAUAUUUGUCUGAUUUGGAGGGGUGCAGUGGCAUGAAGCAGUUGCUUUUGAAUGUCUCACAUUGACUAUGUGUAGAAUACUAUGAGCUCAUUGCCUGUAGAGCCAGACUUGAGGUGUGAAUUUGCCCUUUAAUUUGUGAACUUGAUAGAUGCAUGCUACAUGAAAUGCUUUUUUUAUGACCAUUGAAUGUCAACGUGAUAAACUGUUUAUGAGAAAAAUGCUCUUUAUUCUAUUUUUUAUUCUAUGCUGUGUUCAUCUAGUAAAUUAUUAAUUAAAAAAGUGGAGAUGCUCAAUGACUGCUGUCACUUAUGCAAUAAGUAACCUGAAGUCUACAUAAAAUGGUUAUUUAACUGACAUCUCAUUAAAUAAUCUAAAGUUGCUAGCUGGGGAAUUCUGUCAGUUGUAGUGCUGUUUUUCUUUUUAGACUUCAAACUUACUUUGCUACUGAAUCUGAGUUGUUACAUAUUUUAUUAAUGAUUUUAUCUUGUUUUGUGUUUUGUACUGUUGGGCCUUUAUGCGUGUGCCAUGCACUCUCUCUCUCUCUCUCUGCGUUCCAGGGGUGGUGCUCCCCAUUCCCACCUCAAUACAUACAAUAUUGUCAUGGAGAACCAUUUAGCCCUUUUGACCGGCCCUCAAUUUCCCAGGGCAACUGGGAUUAGUGUACCUGUGCGUGAUAAACAGUUACUUGCCACCUCUCUCCAUUUUACAGUACUGUGUGUGUACUACACCAAUCUACCUUUGUGAGGCCACUGCUUGGAGCACACCCACAUGCUGGGCCCUUGCUCUGUGGGUGUGGGUGGGUGUGUUUACUGUAUAUGAUUUAAUGCCUUUAUGUGAUAGUACAGUAUGAGAUGGUGACAGGAAGUGAGUGAGAGAGAGGAUCAAGAAAUGACCUCAGGCCAGAAUUAUCGCUUACCAUAACAAACAUUUUCGGUACUAAAAUAUGGCUUGGUCUCCAUUUAUGUUGCAGAAACAUGCCGUAUAUUACAGUGUGUUGUCUUAUAAUAUCGAGUCGUUUUAUUUUAUGGUGUCAAAUGUUAAAGGAAAUUUCCAUGCUGUCCUGUGAACUUGCAGAGAGGAAUUGAAAGGUUUGUAAAAAAAAAAAUCUAAUGCUGCUGUUUUAAUUUCUGAAUAAAAAUGAAAUGUGUGUUGAAAA